AGGGUUUGUCAUUUCAUAUUUAACCAGCACUCAGAAGAGGCUAUUUAUGCAGCUGACAAGUAAAAUGGGUUCUUGGGUUUUUGUAAGUCAGUUACCAUUCAUUGCACUCUUCAGCUGGAACGUGCAUGGCUUUCCUGCUAAAGAUUGGGGCCUGCAUGAUCCCACUGAUGGUGGGUUCUUUAACAUAGAGGCACAUCCUCCUCUCCAUUAUGAUUCCCUCCCAGGUGCCCCACCUGUUCCUACCGAUCCAAAUGACCCUGCUGUGUCAUUCAUGUAUGACCCAGUAAGGUUGGGAACUGCUGGAGUUCAAACCUCGCCACCCAACUUCAGGGCAACUCCAGGUGGGCUCGGUGAACCUUCUGGUUUUGGUCCUGUGGAAGGCUCUGCACCUACCUUGUUGUCUGGAACAUCUCACCUGAGGCCUGAUUUUGGCUUUUCUCCAGCUCAGCUUGAAACGGGCCAACUUGGUCAUGAUGAAGGGAAUCUUUAUUAUAGUAACUCAGAAAGGGGAACCCAUGGGCUGGGCUCUACAACUGCCUUCCAGUCUGGUGCGUUGAGUAAGUAUGUAGCCACCUAUGAGCAUGGAAAUUCAGAGAGGGAAACGGAAGAUUAUUUUCGACCAGUGUUACAUGCCUAUCCUUUUGCUUUACCUGGAGCAGUUUCCCAAUACUACCUCAGACCUGCACCACCUGUUGACUGGUUAGCACCUUUAUGGUACGGUGUCCACUAAGAUACAUCUGCAUUGCUCAGGUUCCCAGUGGUCACAAGACUUUACCAAAGUGUCAAAGUACUUUAGGUUCUUCAAAUAAUUGAAGCGAUCUAGGAUAUCUGUAGUUCAAUUCCCAGUUUCUGUAAAUUUUGGUAUAGUCAUGUUGCCUGGCAUGAAAUUGAAAUAAAAUACAGCAUGAACA